AUGCCAACGAGCACCGAUCAUGAUGUCUCGCAAGCUACGCCCCCUUCGAAUGCUUCCGUCGCGUCCUCUACCCUCAUUACCAGCGAAUCGGAUUCUGCCAGUACCAAAUUGCCAGAAGACAAGCUUGAUGCUUUGAAUGUCCUACUUGCCCGAGAGGUUCGCAUUAAGGAGGGGGCGGAGAAACUGUUGAACUUGGAGCUGCCGGAACACAUGCGCCUCAAGGUGCAGACAGAGUUGAAAAUGGCCACGCUAGAGAUCGCCACCCUCUCGCAGAAGAUUGACCUUGAAGACUUCCGAACAGCUCUGAGUCAAGCUCAGAGUUGCAUCCAGUCGUUAUCCGGACUUGGCCAUUCAGCUAUAUCGCCGCCUGUAACCUCAUUGUCCUCCGGCACAUCGCAGUCUGCAAACGGGCCAGACGUUGACCGCAAUCGCAUCGAUCUGCAGAACAGGCUUGGAAAUAUCCUCAGACGAAACAUACGUGUAUGCUAUGAGCUCGAUGUUACCGAGCUACUUCAAGCUGUAACGCCAUCCCUCGCAGAUAAAUGCUCUACUCAAUGCCGUACAUCAGCGUACCGUAUCAUGCGGCUCGCGCUCGUGAAUGUCGCAUCGCUAGAAGAGAUUUCCAAACAGCCCAUUGACUGGUACAUAGUCAGGACGUUGUCACGAGACAACAAACAUGAGAAAGAGAAAGAGCAGGUCAUCAAACUCAUUCGUGCAGUAUUAGAUGUAGUUUCCGAGAACCGCGAUCGACGAGGAGCUCCCGGAACAGGAGUAGUGCCUUUAUCGGAGCCUGUCAUGCGCGCGUUCAUCGCGGUGGCUGAACAUGCUGAGGAACCUCUUAGAUUGAUAUGCAUCCAAACCCUCGCUGAAAUGGUUUUACUCGAUAUCGACCUGGUAGCAAGAACGGGUGGAAUAAGGUUUCUACUUCAUGCUUUGGGCGAAGGACCCAUUGAGCUUGCACCUCUCUUGGCUGCAACGUUCCUUCAUAUCGUUGAUUCGCCUAAAACGCGUUGCUACCUGCGGCUUGGCACGGACCUAGAAAUAGCGCUUUCUCCUUUUACCGACGCAUAUGGUCGCGGUCCAGAUCAUGCGGACAGAAUGCGCGGUUCUGCUAAAGUGAUACAACUCAUGUUGCGAACCUGGAGUGGCCUCAUGUACUUCUGUAUGGACCAGCAACAGGCCAUACGUUCCAUUGUCGAUACCUUGCGCAUCCCGUCAAUGGAUACUAGGGAAAUAGUACUGGACUUUUUCUUCGAUCUUCUGAAUAUUCAAGCUUCAGACUGGUACAAGGCUUUCAUUGAUGGCCGUCGUUUGACAAUGUAUCGCAAAUCAAGAAUUCAACCGUCUGAGCGACUGCUACCCUUACCAACAAAUGAACACACUCCAGAAAGCCUGAAGCUAACAGAUCAAUACAUUGCAUUACUUGUCCUUGUAUUCACGGAUGCAGGCCUGAUUGAUGCUCUGACAGGCAUGCUCGAGGAGUGUGCAACUAGUUCAAGCUUGUCACGGAAGGCUACUUUGCUGAUGGCGGAAGUUAUGCAAAUAGCCAAUAGGGUGCUUCCUCUUCCAACCGCAAGCAAGAUUCAAGCUAUUCCUCGUGUUUUUGAUCUUGCAUCGGAAUAUGGUCGUGGAGAAAGUCGCAUCAUUGGGACAUCGGCACUUUCUCAGAUCGACAGCUUCAAUCGCAAUAGAGGACGUCUUCAGACCACAUUUAUCAAUGGCCGACCCAGGGCCAACUCUUCCGAAGAGGCUGUUCGCCGAGGGCAACGGCAGGUUGAGCAAGCAAAGUUGAAGGCAAACAUGCAGAUGGACGAUAAAACUUUCCAGACGUCCUUGCUUGAAACUCAGGUCACGCUCACCAAAGACCAUACGAAGUGGCACUUCGACAUAUUGCAAGAACUGAUCGAGGGGCCAUUCCUGAACCCGAAACGUCUGGAAGAAGCAAUCAAAGUUGCGCGAUUUAUGAAGCGCUUGCUGUCAUUCUACCAUCCUUUCUCCCGUCGGUUUUCUGAUCUUCCCAAGAAUUCAACGAACCAACGAUGGAUCCGGUUGGGCUGUUCGCUUCUGAAUACACUUCUCGCAAGUCCAGAAGGAGUCCGUUACCUGAUGACAGAAGAUGAUCUGCUGAAACAGAUUGUCAAGGCGUUUAUGCAGCUCAUGCCUGGUGUCCAUUUGGGGGACAUAGAACCUUACUUCUCAGAUCACAAGAUGAGAACUACGUUAACAUUCGGGUAUUUCGAACUUCUUGGAACAUUGAGCAAGCAUCCAGACGGCAUAGAUCUAAUGGAGAAGGCAAAAGUGUUUACUGCUUUGUACAACCUCACUGAGAUUCGUGGCCGUGAAGAUAUCAUGAAGCUCGUCAUUGAGCAUCUGGAUUACUCACUAGAUGGUCAUUCGCGCCUGAUACUGUCAAAGACGUUGACAACGGGUGGUCUCAAUCUUCGCCGGUUCACUACCCGCCACCUUGCGGGAAUGGUGCAAAGUUCCGCGGCACCCGUGGGGUGGAUGCUCCGAAUGCUCGUCACACAGCUAUAUGACCCGUUGCCCGAAGUAUGCCAGAUCGCUGUGCAAACGCUGGAAGAGGUCUGUGACGACAUGGACACCCUUCAGCUUGUGGUUGAGAUGCAACCUACCAUGGAUCAUUUAGGUCCAAUUGGACAUCCGCUACUACUAAAGUUUAUGUCCACUUCUAUGGGCUUCCGCUACCUCUACGACGCAAACUAUAUUCAAGCCGAAAUGGAGUCUUGGUUUCACGAGCGGAAUCUUGAAUACGUUGUGCAAGUCGAAAUAUUCUUGGCCAAAGUGUUCAGUUCCGAUGUUGAGUAUAGCGCUGAUGCCCUGCCUUUCGACGGCGCCGUCCCCGCUCAUUUCUAUGGCGAGUUAUCAAAAACAGAACUCGGCUGUCAGGUCCUUGAAGAGAAGGGCCAUUUUUUGGAGUUUUGUUCGUCUAUCCGGGACCACGCCCUCGAGAGUGAGGAUGUUGAAUUGAUCUUGAAGCUGAAGAGUAUCCUUUGGGCGGUGGGCAGUAUCGGAGCGACAGCGAGGGGACUGUCUUUCCUUGUAGAGGCGGAAAUAAUACCAGAUAUCCUCAAGAUUGCGGAGCAAUCCUUAAUACCGUCCGUGCGAGGCACAUGUUUCUUCGUCUUGGGUCUAAUAUCAUCAACUCCGCAAGGCGUUGAUAUUCUCGAUGACUGUGGGUGGGAAGCGACCUUGUCGCCUUUAGGGUUCCCAACUGGCUUGUGCGUCCCGGUUGACCUUGACAAAUUUAUAUCAAUGCCUGCAUGGGACGUUAUCGAGCCCAAGAAGGAUGCUCGGAGCGGGCUUCUUCCUCCCAUAUCUCAGCAUGAGGUAGAAGUUAUGACAGUCAUCGACAACCUCAGCAACACAGUGAUUGCAAAUGCUGCUUCGCGAUCCCUAGCAAAGAUGAAAUCCCGGCCAGAGUAUCGCCAUGUUUUCUCCUCACCAGCAACGUUUUACCGAGCCUUACAUACCAUCUCAAAUUACCGCUAUCGGUUGCCAGUUCGGAGAUACAUCCUCGACUUGUUCACAUUGGAGCUUGAUGCUUCUCUUGUAUUGGAGCUCGCGGAACAAGCCAUCGCUCUUCGUGCGCCUCUCUCGUCGACCGCAACGAUGCCUAAAGCGCCAGUGAGACGCGUCGUCAGCAUGUUUGGUCCUAAUCGCGGUUACUCCGAAAGCGACGAUGAAGAAGACGAAUCAGAUGAAGAGACGGAAGAAGCAGUCGACAGGCAGCCGGUAAUCACCCUUCGUCCCGUCAGCAGACUCAUCGGGUUCGACAGCUGA